GAGAGAUUAGGGGCUGCUGCGGGGGCCAAUCUCAGCUAGCUCGCUUUUUCCCAGCGGCCUCUGCGGGAGCGGUGGGUGUUGUACACAAUCAUCAUGGCGGCGGCCGGAGCCCCGGAUGGCAUGGAGGAACCUGGCAUGGACACGGAGGCCGAGACGGUGGCGACCGAGGUCCCCGCGCGGCCCCUGAAUUGCGUCGAGGCCGAAGCCGGGGCGGAGGCGGCAGCGGAGGACUCCUGCGCGGCUCGAGGUAGCCUGCAGCCGGCCCCGGCCCAGCCCCCUGGGGACCCUGCGGCCCAGGCCUCGGUCAGCAACGGCGAGGAUGCGGGCGGCGGCGCAGGCAGGGAGCUGGUGGACCUGAAGAUCAUCUGGAAUAAGACUAAGCACGACGUGAAAUUCCCCUUGGAUAGCACAGGCUCCGAGCUAAAACAGAAGAUUCACUCGAUUACAGAAGUCUACGCAGAAGGAAAUCCUGCCAUCACAAUUAUAAAAUUUUGGAAACCGGCUCAGAGAGGUUGUGAGUUGCCUGAGCACACAAAGGUGCUGGAGCAGUAUUCAUUUCCAGGUCUCCCCCCUGCCAUGCAGAAAGUCAUGUAUAAGGGACUCGUCCCUGAGGAUAAGACGUUGAGAGAAAUAAAAGUGACCAGCGGAGCCAAGAUCAUGGUAGUUGGCUCCACGAUAAAUGAUGUUUUAGCCGUAAACACACCCAAAGAUGCUGCCCAGCAGGGUGCAAAGGCCGAAGAGAACAAGAAGGAGCCGCUCUGCAGGCAGAAGCAACACAGGAAAGUGUUGGAUAAAGGAAAGCCCGAAGAUGUGAUGCCAUCUGUUAAGGGUGCCCAGGAGCACCUGCCAACGGUACCCUUAUCUGGCAUGUACAACAAGUCCGGAGGCAAAGUGAGACUCACCUUCAAGCUGGAACAAGACCAGCUGUGGAUUGGCACUAAAGAUUCCCGGAGGGAACCGAACAUGACUAAUUCACCUGGUUCUGGCCAGCACUGUAGGUAUUCAGUGUUCGAGGUAAAUGCUAAAGAGAGGUAUAGGGGGUCCCGUCAUGUAAGGUUGACUGGUUUCAGGGACAGGCCAUUUGGUAUGACUCUGCUUCGCGUGGGACCCCAGAUUUACAGGAAGUAAUCAGCGGGGCGGUGGGGCGUGAGGCUUUUUGUCAUCCCGAGUGCCAACGCAGGUAUUCUCACUUGUCACUCUGCUGGUCCUUAAAUAAGUAAACAUAGCCCAAAAUGCCAAACCGCAGGAGUUUUCUCACAAUUUUAUGAGAAUCUGCUACAUCUCCUUCCUUUCACCCUCAACUCUAACUGCAUGGUCAGAGCAAGCGUUGCAGAACAUGUAGGGGCUUCCUGGGUCUUCCCACCGGCCUUUGGACCCUUCUCCGGGGUCACACGAUCAGUGCUCAUCCACCGUGAGCUGCCCUGCGUCUGUCAGACCCUUCCUCGGCUGUGACUUCGCAGGCGACUUUGCUUAGUUCUCCGUCGUGGCACUGACUUCCCCAGUUCUGCCUCUUCCUCCACUUGCGCUCUCUCUUCCGGGCAGUCUGCUGGAAGGUAGCUGCUAAGGCUGAUGCAGGAAGUUACCUGUGGGCCAGGGAGGCCAGUGAGGACUACGUCUGUAGGUGCUCAUUGGUUCUUCGGGGAAUGUCUCUGUGUUAGGAGGUUGUGUUAGGAAGCGUGUCCUCACCGCAGGCCCGAAGUGGACCCUCCCGUACCCGGGGUAGAGGUGUUCUCUCAGCUCGGAGGAGCUGCUGCUUUACCGCUUGGGCACCAAGGCAGCACUCGAAAGAAUCUGGAUAGGUUGGGGUUUCCGGGCUGUGGAAAGUGUCCUUUCUCACCAGCCUGCUGAAAGAGCAUGGCCAAGAGUCCCGUCUUCAUGGGCGCAGGGGCUGAGAUUUUCGCUCCCACGCAGACCACUGUAGCCGUGUGUGGCAGGCAGUGUUCUUGCUGGCAGGGAAUCUUGUCCUCUGGGCGUCCUGAGCACCCUCCCAGCAGGACAGCCCGUUCUGGGGAGUUGGCCACCAGCCACCGGCUUCAUCUUUCCGCUGGCAAGAAGCUGCUGUGGGAUGACAGCUGCUUGGCCCCUCUCCCGGUGGGGCGCUUCACAGCGUGACAUUCAGGGGCGGCUCCUUGCAGCUUCAGCUGUCUCCGUGGGAGCAUGGCAGGGAGCCUCACAGCCUCGGGCAGGGAACGUGGCAGGGAGAAGCGGCCGGGGGAGUAUGUGCCCAGUGCGGAGGGGCGUCCAGCCUGAUCGAGCUCAUUGCUGUCACUCAGGAAUGUGGGCCCAGGAUCGCGUUUUCAAGAGAAGCCAGAAAUGUAUCUUUUUGUGUGAAAUCUCGGGACCUUUCAAGGUGGCUGGUGUUUUUAAAAGUUUCAGUCUUAAAAACAGCUGCCAGUCAGAUCCUGCCUGUGGGUCACUGUUUGAGAGCCACUGAAAGUCACAGCCAGAAUGGACACCUUCACGUCCAUUCUCCCCACCCCCCAUUUUUCAGACACCAAGGCCCAUGGAAUGGAAGUAAAAUAUCUCCAGUCACCAGCUAGACUAGAGCCCAGGCCUCUAAAUUCCAGUCUGUUUUUUCCCCUCCUCAUCCAUUGGCCGAUUCUCUUUUCCAGAAUUUUCUUUCUGCAAAGGCUGUCAUGAUUUUUUCCGACUUGAUUUAACUUUGCUGAUAACGUCCCGGUCCCUGCUGUGUCUGCCGCUCCUGGGGGGUGGGUUCUUGUUGCACAGACACUGCGCCCCCUCCUGCCUUCAUGCCCCGCCCUGCGACACUGGCCUCACUUCCUGCAGGCUCCUCUCACUCCUGCCAUCCCUCACUGCCGCCUCUUUCUUACCUGCCACCCUUGAAGUUGCUGCAAAGUGUCUUCUGACCCCCCUGUGAUAAGUGAUACCUUGAGGGUUGAUCGCAAGAGGUUGUAAAUGUUUUAAGAGCACUUCCUCAGGUGUGCGUAUGUGGAGGGUUGGGGGGUCGGGAGAGGGAAGGGUUGUGGGGAGGGCAAAUGAGGAUGGGCUAGAGACUAGUAGAAACCCCAAGCACUCCCUGCCUGUGCGAGCCACAGGGGCAUGCUGUUGCCUCUGUUCUCGGUCCUCUUGACUGCCCCUCCCCCAGGUGCCAAAGACCUUAGCCAGUGCUGGGCUCAGGCAAGAAGGCUGCAGUGGAAAUCCUUGGGUGUUUAUAAAUUGCCAGACUUUAAGAAAAUCACACAGGAAAGCACUAUCUCUGCUCUCAGAGGCCUUUAAUAUAUGCUAUGGCCAAUCCUGUUCCCGUUUGCUCCCAAGAAGUUCACAUCUGCCAAGCAGAGCCCUGGGUGCGGUGGUCAGACGACCCUGUCCCAUCGUCCUUAGAGCACGUGGGAGACUUGAGAUUACGGUAGAACCCAGAGCCGCCAGCCCUGAUAAGGGACUGCUGAGUCACAGGAGUGGACAGGAGGGCCUUUGAGUAAUCUCUGUAAUCCCUC